GCCGCGCAAUGGGCCUAUUGCUGGUUUCCAGUAGUAAGCUGCCUGGCAGCGGGGGGGGUGACUGUUAGCCUUCACACUGGACGUGCAGGGGACAUGUUUGCACACACUGAAGCCGCAGUGGAGUCGCACUUGACUUAGCCUGAAGAACCUUAUCUGCUCACUGACGUCAUGGGCGCAGAGCUGAAGGUCUAUUUGUGUGUUGUUGUCAAACAAGCUGACCGAGGAUCUCUCCGGUAUAACAUGUCUACAGCAGCACAGCCUCUAACUGUAAACACCAGGACACCCCCGCCAUGUCCACCACCUGACAACACGUUAUCUAACCGCACAUGCAGUGAAAACACAGAAGAGCUCUUGUCUUUGGCGAAGAGGAAGAGGGUGGAUUCAGGGGAUCAGGAAGAGCCGGUCAGCAAACCUGCAGCUUCUACCGACUCUGAGACGUCCGAUAGUGAUGACGAGUGGACUGUGGGUGGCACCAAAGGCAAGAAGAAGGUUAAGCAAGGGAAGGGGUCUGAGAAGAAGAACGCUACAAAGAAGAAGGUUAAUAAAGCGACUGCGUCCGGCAGCUCAGAUGGAGACAGCUCAGCGGAGAGCUCUGCACCAGAGGAGGGUGAGGUGUCUGACUCCGAGAGCAACAGCUCUUCCUCCAGCUCCGACUCGGACUCCUCGGAGGACGAUGUGUUCAGGGACGGUUAUGACGACGACUUGAUGGGAGACGCGGAGGACAGAGCUCGCCUGGAGCAGAUGACGGAGAAGGAGCGGGAGCAGGAGCUCUUCAACAGAAUCGAGAAGAGAGAGGUGCUGAAGAGACGUUUUGAAAUCAAAAAGAAGCUGAAGACGGCAAAGAAGAAGGAGAAGGAGGAGAAGAAGAAGAAGCAGGAGGAAGAACAAGAGAAGAAGAAGCUAUCUCAGGUUCAAGACACACAAGUGGUCAUGUCGCACAACAAGGAGAGACGAUCCAAGCGCGAUGAAAAGCUGGACAAGAAGUCUCAGGCCAUGGAGGAGCUCAAAGCUGAGCGUGAGAAGAAGAAGAACCGAACAGCGGAACUGCUCGCCAAGCGCCAGCCUCUGAAGACGAGCGAGGUGUACUCUGACGACGAGGAGGAAGAGGAGGAAGACGACGACAAGUCAUCCGUCAAAAGCGAUCGGAGUUCCCGUUCAUCGUCUUACGACGACGACGACAAAGAAGAAACUCCUCCCAAGUCGCAGCCGGUGUCGCUGCCGGACGAGCUCAACAGGGUGCGGCUGUCCCGACACAAGCUGGAGCGCUGGUGCCACAUGCCCUUCUUUGCUAAGACUGUGACUGGCUGCUUCGUGAGGAUAGGGAUCGGGAACAGCAGCAGCAAACCAGUUUACAGGGUGAGUCACAGGACGGGUCACAGGGUGAGUUACAGGACGGGUCACAGGGUGAGUCACAGGACGGGUCACAGGGUGAGUCACAGGACGGGUCACAGGGUGAGUUACAGGACGGGUCACAGGGUGAGUCACAGGACGAGUCACAGGGUGAGUCACAGGACGGGUCACAGGGUGAGUCACAGGACGGGUCACAGGGUGAGUCACAGGACGGGUCACAGGGUGAGUCACAGGACGGGUCACAGGGUGAGUUACAGGACGGGUCACAGGGUGAGUCACAGGACGGGUCACAGGGUGAGUCACAGGACGGGUCACAGGGUGAGUUACAGGACGGGUCACAGGGUGAGUCACAGGACGGGUCACAGGGUGAGUUACAGGACGGGUCACAGGGUGAGUCACAGGACGGGUCACAGGGUGAGUUACAGGACGGGUCACAGGGUGAGUCACAGGACGGGUCACAGGGUGAGUUACAGGACGGGUCACAGGGUGAGUCACAGGACGGGUCACAGGGUGAGUCACAGGACGGGUCACAGGGUGAGUUACAGGACGGGUCACAGGGUGAGUUACAGGACGGGUCACAGGACGGGUUACAGGGUGAGUCACAGGACGGGUUACAGGGUGAGUCACAGGACGGGUCACAGGGUGAGUUACAGGACGGGUCACAGGACGGGUUAUAGGACGAGUCACAGGACGGGUCACAGGGCGAGUAACAGGACGAGUCACAGGGUGAGUCACAGGGCGAGUCACAGGACGAGUCACAGGACGAGUCACAGGGUGAGUCACAGGACGGGUUACAGGACGGGUUAUAGGACGAGUCACGGGGCGAGUCACAGGACGGGUCACAGGACGGGUCACAGGACGGGUUAUAGGACGAGUCACGGGGCGAGUCACAGGACGGGUCACAGGACGGGUUAUAGGACGAGUCACGGGGCGAGUCACAGGACGGGUCACAGGACGGGUCACAGGACGGGUCACAGGACGGGGGUCGAGCGAUGAUGAAUAGUGAUAUAUCACGAUCUCUGUAGAAGAAGAAAAAUCACCUCUGACUUUGUUUAUUUUGUUUUUGGUAAAGAAUAAAAUAAGAAAUGACUUUAUUAUAUUUCACGUGUAUAUGUUUGUCAUUGUCUGCAUUAUAUGCAAAUAACAACUUCUAAAUAGUUUUAGUGAACUACAGAAGUAUUUCUAAAGAGAUAAAGUUAGAUUUUAUUUCCCCUUGUUGUUGAAAGGUUGCUGAAAUUGUGGACGUGGUAGAGACGGCGAAGGUUUACCAACUUGGAACAACACGAACAAACAAGGGAUUACAACUAAGGCACGGCGGCGACACGCGGGUCUUCAGGCUUGAGUUUGUAUCAAACCAGGAGUUUAUGGAGAGCGAGUUCAUGAAGUGGAAAGAGGCGAUGGUUGUUGCUGGAAUGCAAGUACCAACUCUCGAUGAAAUCACCAAAAAGGAGCAGUCCAUCAAAGAGGCGCUGAAUCACAAGUUCAAUGACAAAGACAUAGAGGACAUUGUUAAAGAGAAGGACAGAUUCCGAAAAGCGCCCCCGAAUUACGCCAUGAAGAAAACGCAGUUACUCAAAGAUAAGGCCAUGGCAGAAGAGGUCGGAGACGGAGACAAAGUGAAAUCGAUCCAGGAUGAGCUGAACGAGCUGGAGGAACGAGCUGAAGCGCUCGACAGACAGAGGACCAAGAGCAUCUCCGCCAUCAGUUACAUCAACCAGAGGAACAGAAGCUGGAACAUCGUGGAGUCUGAGAAAGCUCUCGUGGCUGAAGGACAAAAUGCCAAACACCAGCAGAUGGACCCUUUCACACGAAGACAGUGCAAACCCACGAUGGUGUCUAACGCCAGAGACCCGUCGGUACACGCUGCUAUUCUCGCUCACCUGAACCAGAAGUACGGCUCCGGGUCAGCACAAGAUCUUGACGAUGAGAACAACACACUGGGUCAACCUAACUCGAAAGACAAAGAUGGCCUGAAGCCGAACACCGACCUCUCAGAGGACUUGUUUAAAGUUCAUGAUUUUGACGUAAAGAUUGACCUCCAGGUUCCCAACGCAGAGGCAAAGUCUUUGUCCGUGAGCUCUAACGCGCUGCCGGUGAAGGACGGCGCCCCCCGCCGGUCCCUCAACCUGGAAGACUACAAGAAGAGGAGGGGGCUGAUCUGAUGUGGCAGUCCAUCGUUCAGUAACCACAUUGCAUGUGUAAUGGGCUGUGCAGGAGAGAGAGUGUGUGUGUGUGUGUGUGUGUGUGUGUGUGUGUGUGUGUGUGUGUGUGUGUGUGUGUGUGUGUGUGUGUGUGUGUGUGUGUGUGUGUGUGUGUGUGAAUGACGUGUAUGUAUCUGAAUGUUGAUCCAACAGACUGUUUAUUCGGAGGAAAUACUGAUUAGAGCGAAGACAACAUUUCCCUCAAAGGAGAUCUCUCAGAAGAUAUUUGUUGUUUUGUUAUUUUUGCAUUUUCCCACACAAACUUGUAUAUUGAGUUGUGUUUUUUUUAUGUAUUUAACUCCCCCCCUCCCCCCUCUUUUGGAUCUUCUGGAGUCGACUUCAUGUGUGUCUCUUUUUGUCUGAAGGACGCAGCGCUUGGGGAUUAAUACCUUGAACAAGGACACUAUUUUAGAAGACGUAGAUUAUUGAGGCAUUUUGAAAUUACUGGACUGGAUAUCUAACAGUCGACCAGCGUGUCCCCCCCCCCCACAUGUGUGAUCACCUGCCCUUGAAGUCCAUCCUGAAUUUUAACAGCCUUGUGAUGAUUAUUUUCCCGCGGAGUGUAGAUGAUCCCAUCUCUGACUCGACGUGACGCCGGCCUCCGCGACCAAUAUGAAAAGUUCAGUUUCGUGUCAACUGGACAUUUCUUACUUUUUAUCACAGUCUUUGAAACGACCCGAUUUAAGAGGAACCUUUUUCUAUGACUGGCCUGGUUAUAAAAGUUGUUGCUUCGUUUCUGUUUCUCUUUGUUGGUGGUUCGUGGGAUAACUUCCCUGCCCUUAACUCCCAGAGCAGAUUCUAUGUGUUAUCGAUUGUGUCCAUAGUCAGUUCCUGUAUUGAUGUGGCAUGCCAUGUAAAUAUGCAUUUUGGAGUGAGUGCGGAAAAAAUAAAGAGGCACUGUUUCAUAACU